AUGGAUGAGGACUUCGCCUCUCAGAUGAAGAAGAUGGCCUUGGCCAUGGGCACGUCCCUGUCAGACAAGGACAUUGAGCUGUUGCCCACGGACAUUCGACACCACGGGUCCUUCAACUACUUCAAGUUCUUUGAGUACAUGCAGAAGUUCCAGGCCUCAGGGCAGCUGGAGGCCGCCAUCCACAAGGCCUUCCAGACGCUGGACAAAGACAAGAGUGGCUUCAUCGAGUGGAACGAGAUCAAGUACAUCCUGUCCACCAUCCCGAGCAGCGGGCCGGCCGCUCCACUGACGGAUGAGGAGGCAGAAGCCGUGAUCCAAGCCGCCGACACGGACGGGGACGGGAGGCUCAACUUCGAAGGUGGGGCGGCAGGGGUGAGGUCUGGGACAGCUGGACAGGACCCUGGCCCCUGA